CAGUGUGACGCAAUCUGUAACUCAGUACUGAUUGGUCGCCGGCGCACCUUUAGAUCAGUACGCAUCCCUCCACUGCUGUGCCUGAAUGCGAGCAACCUACACAAGAUUCAACCAUGGAUCUUGUGCUGAACGUUGCGGACUAUUACGUCCUCACCCCGUACGUGUACCCCGCGUCGUGGCCCGAGGACGGGGCCCUGCGGCAGAUCCUCAGCCUGUUGGUGCUGACGAACCUCGGGGCCGCCGUCCUGUAUCUGGGCCUGGGGGCCAUCAGCUACUUCCUCAUCUUCGACCACAAUCUGAAGAAACACCCACACUUCUUGGAGAAUCAGGUCCAGCGGGAGAUCAAAUACGCGAUGACCUCUCUUCCCUGGAUCAGCAUCCCCACCGUGGCCCUGUUUUUCGCUGAAGUUAGAGGAUACAGCAAACUGUACGACAACGUCAGUGAUUCUCCGCUGGGUUGGCCCGGGCUCUUCCUGAGUAUGAUCUCCUUCCUGUUUUUCACUGACAUGUGUAUCUACUGGAUUCAUCGGUUCCUUCAUCACAAGCUUAUUUACAAGCUGUUUCACAAACCACACCACAUAUGGAAGGUUCCCUCUCCCUUCGCCAGCCAUGCCUUCCAUCCAGUAGACGGCUUCAUGCAGGGACUCCCGUACCACAUCUACCCCUUCCUCUUCCCCCUCCACAAGGUGCUCUACCUGGCCCUGUACAUCUUCGUCAACAUCUGGACCAUCUCCAUCCACGACGGUGACUAUCGCGUCCCCGGCGCUCUGACCAGCGUCAUCAACGGCUCGGCCCACCACACCGACCACCACCUCUUCUUCGACUACAAUUACGGCCAGUACUUCACCCUGUGGGACCGCGUGGGGGGCUCCUACAGGCACCCGUCGGCCCUCAUGGGCAAGGGUCCCCACGAUCUGAUCCGGAAACUUCAGGCAGAGGGAAAGUUGGGAGACGACGGAGUGAAUGGACAUUCUCAGAGAGGAGUCACACGUAAGGAGGAGUAGGGAGGAGUUGUAGUUUUUAUAAAGACAUUGUGCUACAUCCAUGCUGAGUUAGAAAACAUAUCGGAGCAUAAUUCGAGUUCCUGCACUGUACUUGCCAAAUAAGCCGCCGAGAGAUUUUAGAUCUGGAAUCAAACAUUCUACCCAUCAUGACUCUGACAUCCAGAGUCGCAGUGAUUGAAGCAGGAGGUGAGAAGAGGUGCUUACUGUAAAUGCCACGGUGCACAGAGAAAAGCUUUUUGCAAGCCAAGGCAGAGCCGAGAGACAUGAGGGGCAUCAAAAGGGUGGAGCUGCUACGUCUCCCACUGUGAACGUUCAUGAUUCAGAGCCGAGACUGGUGUCACAAAGAUCAACUUCCACUACACAUUAGAUUUUUAGCAGUUUGCGGUGGUAAGUUCAGGCUGAAUCUGAAAAACGUGGCAAAGCAACAACUGCUUCAAAGGAAAAUCCUGGUAUUUUUCAUUCCUUUUUGAUUAAUGCGUUGUUUACACUCGCCACCCCUUCAUAUAUUGAUACAGAGUGUAUGGAGGCGAGCAGCACAAGCACUUAAAGUUUGACAGCAAGUAAAAAGCCUGCUUGAUAUUGUAACUAACUGCAUACUUAGAGAGCAACCAGCAACAAAUACUCAGGUGGAAAAUUACCAUGAUUUUCUUUUAAGCCAAUAGGCAGCUCUGUUCCCUCCUGUAGAAAGAUUAUACCUUUUGGUACCAUUUAGCAUUUACAAGGCCAUUAUACGAGGAAAACUCACUGUGGCAAUAGCAGGAACGAGGAAUAGCAAUGAGUGUAAAUAGUUCUCAUGCUGUAGUCAACAGAAAACAAAGACCGAAGUGGUCUGUCUCUGUGGAACCACCUGUGUGGAACCACCACCUGAAGAAGCAACUGAUCUUCUUUUUCAAGUUUCUUGGUUCUUUGGUUCUACAAGGGUUGCUCAUGUACACUAAUUACAGAUCAAACAAUAAUUAAAUGUUUCCACUUUGAAAUGUA